AGUUUUCAGACCUCUCCUUGUCGUCACGGUCAAGAUGGCGAAGUAAACGGAGUUUUAAAAAAGAAGAGAAGUGAAGAAGAAUUUCACUUCACGCGGAGCGAAAUUCCCCAAGAUGGAUGUGUUUUUGUAAGGUAGUAGAAGUAUCACAUCUACUUUUCUGAUAUGGAAGCCGUGGAUGAGCAGAAAAAUGAUGAGUGUAUCGCAAAGAGUGGCACUUUUGACUUACUCGAGGUUGGAUGUACUGGUAAAGUAGAGGUAGUCCCUCAUGUUGAAGAACAAGAUGAGGAAAGAGACAAACUCAAACACUUAACCACGCUGCCAAGUGGGUUGCCACCAUUGUUCCCAGAAGACCUGAAGACUGAGCUUGAACAGUAUCUAACAAGCCCUGAGAAACUUCCCAUCCAUGACUUCCACCACACACAGAGAUUUUGGCCAAGAACAAGGGAUACUUCAUCACUGUUUUUGGCCGAGGUUUGUCCUGUCCAGACUGCUCUGAGAGUGGAGAGAAACCCUACCACUGGGGAGCUUCUUGGUUAUAAUGAGGUCCCAGUGGCUGGUACUGGGAGUACUGCCAGGAAUUCUCUAUCCCUGCAAAGAACACCAGGACCUGUCGCGGAUUCUGUCAAAGGCUCCUCUGUGAACUACCCUUUUCUUCCAGGUGGUAUGGAUAGUGAAAACCACAAGCAGCCCAAGAUUGUUUUUGAUGGGGAAGUGGAUUUUGAAAAAGAUUUGCUUGAUACCCCGCCCGGGUUUAGCUACUCUGUCAGAUUUUGUGAAGAGGAAGAAAAGGAAGAAACCCAUGAGCCACCCGAGGUGCUAAACAUGGCGGAGAUUUUGGCAGGAACCGAUCUGGAGGAUCUUGAAUUCAGUGAUGAUGAAGACCAAGGCACUUCAGAUGAGAAUUCACAUACUGACGAGGAGGCUGAUAGAGAGGAAGACUCUGCUAUCUUGAAGAAAAGUGACAGUCUGGAGAAGAUUCUUAAAAAGGAAGAUGAACCUACGCAAGAGCCGAGCACCCAGCCUUCUUCACCACUCAAACAACAGUGGGCUUACAUGGUCGAUAUUAGUACUCCUGUGAAGGACUUCCAUAAGAAAGUACCCGACAUGGCGCACAAGUGGGAUUUCGAGCCAGACACGUUUCAGAAGCAGGCUAUCCUCAGACUAGAAGCGCACGACAGCGUUUUCGUGGCUGCGCAUACAUCAGCUGGGAAGACCGCUGUCGCGGAAUAUGCUAUCGCGCUGGCGCACCAGCACAGGACCAGGACAAUUUACACGUCGCCCAUCAAGGCAUUAUCCAAUCAGAAGUUUCGAGACUUCAAGAAGACUCUGAGUGUGGACCAUCCGGGACUUGACGUAGGGCUGCUGACCGGUGACGUGCAGAUCAAACCGGAAGCGUCAUGUCUAAUCAUGACCACAGAGAUCCUACGGUCCAUGCUGUACAAUGGCUCCGAUGUUAUCCGUGACGUCGAGUGGGUCAUAUUUGACGAGGUGCAUUACAUAAAUGACGCAGAGAGGGGCGUGGUGUGGGAGGAGGUACUCAUCAUGUUGCCUGAUCACGUGAGCAUUAUCCUGCUGUCAGCCACCGUACCGAACACCCUGGAGUUCGCCGAUUGGAUCGGACGGACGAAGCGCAAAAAGAUCUACGUCAUCAGUACAGCCAAGCGCCCAGUCCCCCUGGAACACUUCCUGUACACGGGCAACAGUAACAAGACCAGCAAUGAGCUAUUCCUAUUGGUCGAUCAGCACAGCAAGUUCUUGACGCGCGGUUACCAGGCUGCAAUCGAUGCCAAGAAGGAGAGAGCGAGCAAAGGCAAAGACGCGUAUGGGGCCAAGGGCGCUAGGACAAACUACAACCCUAAAGCGGACCGCAACGUGUGGUUAUCCCUGAUCACGAUGCUAGAGAAGAAGGAUAAGCUCCCUGUGGUGGCGUUCACUUUCUCAAGGAGGAAAUGCGAAGAGAACGCGGACCAGCUGUCCAACCUGAACCUGACCACCAGCGUGGAGAGAAGCAGGAUACACGUGGAGAUGCAAAAGUACCUCGCGCGGCUCAAGGGCUCCGACAAGACGUUACCACAGGUUACCCGGAUGCAAGAGCUUCUCCAGCGUGGUAUAGGCGUCCAUCACAGCGGUAUUCUACCAAUUCUCAAAGAGAUGAUCGAGAUUUUGUUCCAAGAAGGCCUUGUGAAGCUCUUGUACGCCACAGAGACGUUUGCCAUGGGUGUCAACAUGCCUGCACGCACAGUCGUGUUUGACUCCACUCGCAAGAACGACGGGUCCAGCUUCCGUGACUUGCUACCUGGCGAGUACGUGCAGAUGGCGGGAAGAGCUGGGAGGCGAGGCAAGGAUACCACGGGCACUGUGAUAAUACUUUGCAAAGGAGACGUGCCAGAGGCAUCGGACCUACACAAGAUGAUGCUGGGUAAGCCCACUACCCUGGUGUCGCAGUUCCGCCUAACGUACUCCAUGAUCCUGAACCUGCUGCGCGUGGAGCAGCUUCGAGUGGAAGACAUGAUGAAGAGAAGCUUUUCCGAGUUCCACCUCCAGCGCGAUGCGACUGAGAGGCGGCGGAAGGCGGAGCAGUUAGAGAAGGAGCUCGCUGACGUGAGAGACGUGGAGUGCGUGCUCUGCGGCGAGGAUUUGAAGAGCUAUUACCAGGCGUGCAGUGAACUCAGCGACUUGACACACAGGGUCAAAGCUGCCGCCUUGUCGUCCCCUCACGGUCAAAAGGCCCUAUCGCCAGGUCGCAUAGUUGUCCUAGACACAGUUGAGCACAAGAACGCGCUGGCUGUUAUACUUCAAGGUGCCUUUACUCCUUACCAGUCCCUCGCGUCUGUCCAGGCCUCCUCGGUCAGCCAGGGAGCCUCUGACAAGACUUUUACAGUGCUAGUGCUUUGUGAAGAAGAGGCUUCUGACAGCGAAAAACCCCAAGAAAUUGUUAGUACCCAGUCUAGCGCGGCCUCCCUUCAGCCUUACCUGGCGCGGUCGUUAUUCCGGCCCGAGGGCCGCAGUGCUCACCGGGUAGUGCAAGUCCUGGGCUCGGAAAUAGCAGAGAUCACGGUGCGUCAAAUGAAGAUCGAUGGAGACGCCAUCUCGCAAGACUUCCGCAAGAGAAUGCAGCCAAGGUUUAGGAAUGACCCACCCUGUCGAUCCGCCAUCGCUGCAGAGCAGGAGCUCCUGAGGCUGACCGAGGCUAACCCCGAAGGAAUUGAGACGAUGGAUCCAGUCAAGGACUUCAACAUCCGGGAUCUUGAUAUGGUAGACGCUAUCACCAGGCAGCGGUCUCUCCAAGAGAUCAUGCGCACGUUUACCUGCAUCAAUUGCCCAAACUUCUAUGAACACUUCAGUCAAGUUCGUGACGAGAUGGUUCUACGUCAGAAUCUAGAUCAUCUCAAGUUCCUGUUAUCAGACCAGAGUCUGCAACUUCUUCCCGAGUACCAUCAAAGGAUUGAGGUCUUACGCAAGUUGCGAUACAUCGACCGCACAAACCGUGUGGAACUGAAAGGUCGUGUUGCGUGCGAAAUGAGUAACCACGAGCUGAUGAUCACAGAGUUAGUUUUCCACAGCGCGUUCACGGGCCUCCAGCACACCGAGAUCGUGGCUUUGCUCUCUUGCUUCGUGUUUCAACAGCGUAACUGCAGUGAGCCCAAGCUGACGUCGGUCCUUGAAGAGGGCAAGGAACGCAUUCUGUCCAUAGCAGAGGCAAUUGCUAAUUGCCAGCUAGAAUGCGGGCUCAACACGCCAGCGGAUGACUACAAGGGACAGUUUUAUUUCGGUCUUGUGGAGGCGGUGUACGAGUGGGCGAGAGGAAUGCCAUUCGCAGAGAUCACCACGCUCACUGACGUACAGGAAGGUGUAAUUGUCCGCUGUAUCCAGAGACUGCACGAGACCUGUCUGAACGUGCGCAAUGCAGCCAAGAUCAUCGGCGACCCCACACUGUACCAGAAGAUGGAAGAGGCGUCAACAGCCAUCAAGAGAGACAUUGUAUUCGCCGCUAGCCUGUACACUCAGUAAACCUUCAGAUCAUCGGCGACCCCACACUGUACCAGAAGAUGGAAAAGGCGUCAACAGCUGUCAAGAGAGACAUUGUAUUCGCCGCUAGCAUGUGCACUAAGUAAACCUUCAGAUCAUCGGCGACCCCACACUGUACAAGAAAAUUGAAGAGGCCUCACAGCCAUCAAGAGAGACAUUGUAUUCGCCGCUAGCCUGUGCACUCAGUAAACCUUUAGAUCAUCGGCGACCCCACACUGUACCAGAAGAUGGAAGAGGCGUCAACAGCCAUCAAGAGAGACAUUGUAUUCGCCGCUAGCCUGUACACUCAGUAAACCUUCAGAUCAUCGGCGACCCCACACUGUACCAGAAGAUGGAAAAGGCGUCAACAGCUGUCAAGAGAGACAUUGUAUUCGCCGCUAGCCCGUACACUCAGUAAACCUUCAGAUCAUCGGCGACCCCACACUGUACCAGAAGAUGGAAAAGGCGUCAACAGCUGUCAAGAGAGACAUUGUAUUUGCCACUAGCCUGUACACUCAGUAAACCUUCAGAUCAUCGGCGACCCAACUGACUCGUGUCUGAACACAACGUCUACAACCUUUAUGUCAUAAUCGCCACAAUCAUAAUCAUCAGCAACAACGACGCUUGUCCGCUUUUAGUUGAAAAUUUAAUGUGAUACCAAAUUCCAAGCAGGAUAUCGCUAGCUUAUCUACAGACUUCGAAUCGAACAUUACCCCAGCCAGCACCAUCAAAUACAUCACGGAAGAUUGCGCUGCCAGUCAUAUUGCCAAUCAAAUAUUUUAUCAUAAGAUGAGGGAGCCGAACACGAUACCAAGAGGGACAUUGUAUUCUCUGCUGGUCUGAACACAGGAACUUUCUUACCAUCACCAUAAUAAUCAACUCACUUGACUGCUUUGUUUUGACUCAUGUCAGGCGCGUAUACAGACGGGUGUGCAGGGUGCAUUCGCAAUCCCCCCCCCCCUGCCAAAAAGUGUGCCAUUUCCUAUUGAACAGUCGUAAUAUAGUCUUGUGCAUCUGCCCUGGAAGCUAUUGUUGUAAAUUACCGGCACCUUACACUCUUGUACCAUUUAGAAUGGUCACGAAAUAAAUCAAUUUGUGAUU